AUGCCCCGAAACGGAAAACGCAAACAACGACCAUGGGAGGCCGACGAGCCUACCUCCUCGCGACAUGCUGCAGUACGCAAAGACCCAUUCCGAUAUCUCUGCUGGGACUGCGCCAGUAUCGUCAUGUCUUAUCUCGACGUUUGCGAUUUAGCCCGCUGCGAGCGGGUCGACAGGGGCUGGCGGCGGUUUGUCCACGAGUGGAUGGGCGCCGCCGGCUUCUAUCAGCAGUUUCCAACUCUUCCAAAGUCAACGGUCAAUACGCUUGAAAGUACUGAAGCACGAGCUGCCGUGUUCAGGGCAUGCGCUGUCGACGAGGCGCUGCGCAAGAAGUGGGCGACUGGUAGCGCAUCCUGUGUCCGUGAAUAUAUCUUUCCGGGACGUAUAUUCACUGUCAAAGGAGACUUUGUCAUCUGGAACACACACGAUCAGGUAUACUGGCAGCGUCUCGGGUUUCGCAGUGACGGCACACUCCAUCCGGUCUCAACGUGCAAGUACACACCAGAGGGUAGAAUCAGCCGCAUGGUCGUUAAUGAAGCGGGCUAUAUGUUCCUUACAACCUCUUAUCCUGUCAAUCCACUGUCUUCCUCGUUGUCGCCCCAGGAGACCAGAUACUUCGUCCCAUUCGGUCGCUUGGCUCAGGAAAUCCACACAGAAUCUGUCGUGUUCUUGGAAACCGGCCAGGAGCUGUGGAAACAGACACAGGAUCCGGAUUACGAACUCCUCGCCGUUGGGAGAGACAGAGUUUACUUCCAUUCUUGUGGCACUCAGGAACGCUCGUUUGUCGCACGCGACUUGCGGUUCGGGGAGGUACUCUACAAAACAUACCACGGACAUACGGAGUUGCCGGACGGGCCUGCUAUCAUUGUUCGCAAGCAAGAUGGUGAGGAGCUGAUCGUCAAGCAAUGGAGAAUCCGCGAGCCUCGCCCCAGAGUAGGGGGCAUCUUCCCCGGCCUGCUCGACUACGAGCACGAUGUGGGCGUACGGGUCUUCGACGGCGAAAACGGGCAGUGUCUCCAGACCAUUUUGUGCGAGGGCACAUUCCCCGUUGCACGCCCGAACGACGGGGAAUUCGCCUUGCUCGGCGGAUGCGUCAUGAAUACGAACUAUUACCGCGUCCACAAGUAUCGGUUUUCCGCCGAGCAGGGGAAGUUCCACCUCGAGACCACGGAGGUCUUGGAUCAGUCGCCGGCUGUAGAACCCGGGAACCGCGAUGGCAUCCGGAUCCGCUCGGUCGACCCGUAUGCGUACAGAGCCGGCCACUGGGACAGAGAUCGCGGUACAGGCUACCUCUUCCCCAUCGUCCCGGGAACAGCCCCCGCAGACUGGCACCCAUCGGAGGUCUGGGACGGCGACGAGAGACCGGUCGAUGCCUGGCUUACUCUGGGACCCGGCCAGGAGAUCACCAUGCCCCCGAGGACGGAGGCCGAGCUGGAGACACGGCGCUCACUGCGCGUCGACGAUCCCUCCCCUUGUAAAUUUUUUACCCGGUGGAUUCCCGAGUUUGACCACCGGAACCGGCUGGUCUGCUAUGUGGAGAACCUGAGGCGUGCGUAUGUCUUUGAUUUCGGGUUCCGUGCCCUGCAGGCUCUGGGGGCGGGCAGUGAUGGAAAGAAUGAGACUACGAUGGAGAUAUGA